GUCCUGUCUCGCCGCUCGACGCGGAGCUCGCUGUGAAACUCUCCAAAGAGGACCGCCUCCUGCCGGUAAGCCCCGCCCCUCAGGGGAGGCGGUGCUUCAGCUCCGGCUUCCUAUCCAGUAAGGAGUACCGCUUCCUGCUGCUGCCGGACUUCCUGGGUCUGUCGGCGUCCUUCCUGUUCCUGGCCAGCGGCUGCAGCCUCCCCUUCGUGUACCUGGUCCCGUACGCCCUGAGCGUGGGCGUGAGUCACCAGCAGGCCGCCUUCCUGAUGUCCAUCCUCGGGGUCAUCGACAUCGUGGGAAACAUCACGUUCGGCUGGCUGACGGACAGACGGUGUUUGAAGCCGUACCGUCUGGCGUGUUACAUCGUCUCCGUGGCGAUGGAGGGUCUGUGCUGCCUCUUCGCUCCGUUGCUCCGCUCCUUCACGCUCCUCGUACCCUUCGCCGUCCUCUACGGGUACUUCGACGGCGCCUACGUGGCUCUGAUCCCCGUGGUGACGUCAGACCUGGUGGGAGCUCCGUACCUGUCCUCUGCGCUGGGCGUGGUCUACUUCCUCCACGCCAUCCCCUACCUGCUCAGCCCGCCUGUCGGAGGUUGGCUUGUUGACGUCACAGGAAGUUACACGGCCACCUUCUUCCUGAGCGGCACCGCCCUGCUGGUCAGCGCGCUCGUCCUCGCCAUCGUCGCCGGGAUACGAUACUGCAGCCGCCGCCAAAAGUUUACCGCCAUCUCCAAGGACACCAAGCCCGAGCCCCUCCCCCUCAGCCUGUCGGACCAAUCGGAGCGCUUCCUCACUUUCAACAAGGAGGCCGUCAGUCAGGGCGUUUCCUCCUAGCCUCAGAGGAAUCACCAAUCAGAUUCAUGGACACGAGGGAGAGAGGAGCUGAAGAGGAUCUCUGGGGGUCUCCAGAGGUCCGGACUCUACGGGACGAGCCAGAACAGGAACCAACCAAUCACAGAGCUCACUGGCUGAGCUGAAAACCAACAGAUCAGGGAUUAAAGGAAGAGGCGUGAUGAAUGAGAGAGCGAGGGAUGAGUUCUUCUUCUACUGUUUUUAUUUGUGAAAUCAUAUCAGGUUAAUUGUUACAGGACAGCGCCCCCUGGUGUCAGCUGAGACACACAGACGCAGUUUAUAAUCAGAUCUCUAACUCAGGUAGACGUGAGCUCAGGGGAAGAAUCACACCUGUGAUUGGUUUAAAUGAGGGGGCGUGGCUUAACGGCUCAAUGACUCCCCUUAUGUUUUUAAAGACUCCGCCCCCUGCGGCACGUUCAGCCUCCAUAUGUGAGACUUAGAGGGCUCGUGUAUUAAGACCAGAUCUACUUAGACCCUCAUCUUAAACCUCUCAGGAAGUCCGCCAUUUUUAAUUUUGUGGUUACAAAAAUAAUGUGUGAAUUCUGAGCCGCUUCCAGGGGAUUCUUCUGGAUCAGGUCCUCGUUAAGUCCUCAUCCGAUCCAGUUCACAUUUAGAGUAAAGUCCGGAGAGACGGUCGUCCUGAGAAGCUUUAAAACACACGGAGGAGGAGGAGAGUCUAAACCGGUCCAGAAUCCAGGUUUUAGAGUAAAGAUCUUUGCUCUGUUUUCCUCAGGGUCUCUAAAAGAAUCUGCAGGACAGUCUUCAUGCUCUGUUAGAGCGCCACCUGCUGGUGAGCCGCUCAGUCUUCUGUAGCAGGAUCCAGUCUGUGUAAUGAGUUCACUUCAUGUAGUCUCCGGUCUGUCCUGCCCCGCCCCUCGCUCCUCCCUCAGGUGUGCAGAGGUGUGAGGCCCGCUGAGGGGGGCAGGAAGUCUGAGCUGAGGACUAACACAGAGUUUCUAACCCUGAGAGCCCAGACCGGUCCCCUUAGCGGACUCAGCGGACUCCUCUGGACCUCUUCUUCAGUGUUUGAUGCCAAACUGUGAUCAACAGACUGAGACCCUUCCUCUCUGCAGAGACCGUCUGUCUGUUUUCAUGAAUAAUAAAUAAAUCUUUAAAUCUGGACCGUCA